CUUCCUUUUUAUUCGGGUGUUGUUGUUUUUCGUGCUUUUUUGUUUGUUUUUGUUGCUUUGACACAAGCGUCGCAGACUCGUGCAAGGCACUGCAGCCAAACAUGUCGGCGUACGUCGUGGACAUCCAGGCUCAGGUGGAGUCUGUCCUGGCUGCACUGGUCAAAGUAGCCGCGGUGGAGUUGACCAAACUGUUCGAGAGCAGAUGCCCGACCGCGGCUGUGGAUGAUCGGCUGGGCCGCGCCGAGGACGGAAAGAAAAAUGGAACCGCGGAGAGUUUAUCGACAGAAGACAGUAAACGCAGCAUCGGCGUGCAAGUGGACGAAGACAUUUCUCCGCAGCUAGAGUUAUCUGGUCCCCCACUCCUCUCAGAUUGGGAUUGUUUGAGAGAGUCCAGGGAGGAGGUGGUGGUGAAGGGGGGCUUCAUUCCAUCAGAUCUCCUGGCUGAAGAUAAAGCCCACGAUGACCCAGAGCGGUCACCUCUGAAGGAACAGGUUGUUGCAGAGACUGUGGAGAUGGUUGAGUUCAGCAUUCUUGAAACAGAGUGCUCUACAGAUACUGAUCCACAAACAGAAGCUGCGCUGCAUGUCUCUGCAGAUCUAAGACAUGGAUCUCCACAAAGCUCUCCAGCUAAACGGAAGCUUCUCGUGAUGAAGCCAGACACAAAUGAUGUUUCUUCUAUGGACAAGGUGAAGUUUGUUUGCCCAUUGUUCCUUAAGCCAGAGUCUGCUGUACCAAAACCUGACAGUACAGAAAAGCCUGUUAAAGCGGAGCCUCAGCAAGCCUGUGUCAGCACCGCCAAGGGUACAGCCUACAGUCCAUCCCCAUCUGAUGGAGCUGUGACUCCAGCAGUGGUGAAGGUUUGGGAGUUGACCCACACGCCAAACGACAAAAAGAACAAUCUCCAGAUGAAACUGAAGCUGACCACGCCUGAGAAAAAGCUGACGCGCCCUUGUACGGUCCAAUUGGUGAACAUGCUCACUGUGCCUGAGUCAGAGGCUAAACCUCCGUUUGAUGGCGCUAACAGCAAAACAAGAUUGCCUCUGCCCAAAGAUCUGCGUCAACACCAGGGUCUUCACACUGGCCACCGCCUCUGCUGCUUCACCUCAUGCGGAAGUGGUAUCUGGCAGCUCCGGAAGGGUGUCGCCCACUCCCGUGACGGGUACGCUUGCAACGUCUGCCAAAAAACGUUCAAGAGGCGGAAGAUUCUCCGGCGGCACGAGCGCUUCCACACAGGUGAAAAGCCGUACCCGUGCUCCAAGUGCUCUAAGACGUUCGCACUCCGAAAGAGCCUCCGCCGCCACUUUAGGUUCCACACGGGGGAGAGACCGCACACCUGCACGCAGUGCGGCAAAAGCUUCCGUCUCCGAGAAAAUCUGAAAGCGCACCUUAGGUUUCACACCGGAGAUAAGCCUUUCAGCUGCAACACCUGUGGCAAGACGUUCAGGAUCACAAGAAACCUGGAGAAACACAAACUCAGCCGGUGUGGAUACUUUGUCCCUUCAUUCAGAGCGAUUGCUGGCAUUAAGCUGUGAAAAAACGGACUUUGGCUGGUUGCACCAUGGUUGCACCCUCUACCUCAUACUGAAAACACUGUAUAGCUCAUGUCGUCCUCCCGGAUCAAAUUGACCCCGUAUGUUUUGACUGUUCCUUCUUUCCUCCCUUCCUUCCUUCUGUCUAGACUUCCUCCAUCCCCCUUUCUUCCCUCCUUCUUUCCUUCCCUCCUUCCUUUCCUUCCUUCUUUCCUCCCUCCUUCUCUCUUUCUUUCCUCUGUCCUUCUUUCCUUCCUUCCUCUUU